CUAUCAAAGUCCUGGAAACAGGUGCUAUUCUUCUUGUUGCCAACAUUUAUCCAAUCACGUUACCUACCUCGCCGGAUUGCACAGAAACGACCUUUGCAUCCGACAGCAUGGUUAGAUGGCAUGCGAGGAAUUGCAGCUUUCUGUGUCUUCAUUGACCAUUUAUCAUACUCCAACCACGACACGUACACAGCAUACAGCUAUGAAUCAUCCAACUAUGAAUGGUUCAAGUUGCCCUUCCUUCGAUUUCUAUACACGGGAGCUUCCCAAGUCGCCAUAUUCUUCGUCGUGUCGGGAUACGCAUUGAGUUACAAACCAGUCAAACAAAUGAGAAACAAGGAAAGAGAUGGACUACUCACGACACUAUCUUCCUCGGUGUUCAGAAGAGCUAUAAGACUAUAUCUGCCGUGCGUCGCUUCAACUCUCCUAGUCAUCUUAUGGGUCAGAUUAGGAUUAUACGAGAUGACCAGGGACUUUGCCUCUAACGAUAAACUCUUGACUGGAAGGAGAGAACACCAUCCCUGGAGAUAUGAGACUUUGUGGAAACAGUUGAGUGUUUGGGCUGUCAAGAUGUGGAGCUUUUUCAAUCCGUUCGACUUCAAUAUGAAGAUUGGCGACGGAGCAUUGGAUAUCGAUGGACACCUUUGGACUAUACCUGUUGAGUUUAGAGCAUCACUGGUCCUAUACCUCUCACAACUUGGUUUAUCUCGUCUGAAACCCACCCUCAGGAUCUCUAUCCUCGUCGGAUUGAUCCUCUAUGUUCACCAAAUUAACCGCUGGGAACUUCUUCUCUUCUACUCUGGUUUCUUGCUCUGCGAGUUGGAUUUUCGACGACGCUCGCUUGCCCCCACCACCACGACUUCGAUCUCACCUAUCUCUCCGUCAUCCUCUGCUUUCUCGACGACCACUGAACCUUCGAGGAUUUGGUCAACGAUUUAUUACAUGACAUUCGUCUUAGGGUUGUACCUUGGCUCGCAACCAGCACGAGACCUGGAACACGCACCUGGGUGGCGGUCGCUCUCCACCAUGAUCCCCAGCCAUAUCAAUCCGCGCGACCGCUACUUCCCAAACCUCGGCGCGAUUCUCCUGAUCUGGUCAACCUCUUGCUACCAACCUCUGCAAUCCAUUUUCUCGCACCCGGUAAUUCAGUACCUGGGUAAGAUUUCUUAUCCUUUGUACUUGAUGCAUGGAGCCGUAAUUCACACAGUGGGUUAUGGCAUCAUGGAGCUCAUGUGGGGCAGCUUAGGACGGGGUACUGUUUUCAAGAAAGAAAUUGGAUUUGGAAUUGCGGCUAUUUGGGUUGUGAUCUUUGUUGUUUGGAUGGCAGAUAUAUUCAUGAGGGUUGUGGACACGCCGACUGUGAAGUUCGCAAAGUGGUUGGAGGAGAAAUGU